AUGCUCUUAAAUAUCGCGUUGCUAUUGAAUGUUGCUGGGGCCAUCGCAACAGCGAAUCGGCCACGACCGUUUUCACUCCCGUCGAGCAACGCUUCAGGCCGAGCUGCCGCGAUUGAAAAAACGCGUCAAGGUUUCCAGUACGGAACGGAUGAUACCCUCAUCGGUGUUAACCCAUGGCCCUCGGGACCACUCGGAAAAAAGUCCGUCAAGGCGCACUACAGUGCUUUUGAAGUAGCUGAGACACCUGUCUACAAGCAUGUUGAAGAGGAUGCUGCCCACGCCCAAGCGUCCCUAAAUGGGACCCUCCACUUAGACUCGUUCGAAGAUUAUCUGAAGCUAUACGAUGGUCAGUGGCAGAACAGCGUUCCAGACGGGCUCGCUGAAGGAGUCCUUCGCAAUGCCAAGUCCGAUCUGUCUUUUGCAAUGGAGCGCCUCUCAGUACACCCUGAAAGUCUACGACGAGUCAGACCAGAUGAGCGCGUAUCACUGCGCAUCGAAGAAAAGCUUGCACGGAAGAUCACGACAAAGACACAGCGUUCUCUCCAGAAAGAAGGGCGUUUAUUCAUCGUCGAUCAUAGCAGUCUGGCGAAUCUGACUUUGACAAAAGGCCGCUAUGCUGGUGCUUGUGAGGCGCUGUUCUUCAUUCACCCUACUACAGGGGAAUUCUUACCACUAGCUAUUCGUCCCAACAACGGCUCACCUUUGAUCUACACUCCUCUCGAUGAAGAAAAUGACUGGAAUCUAGCUAAGAUACUGCUUAACAUGAAUGAUGUCUGGCAUAAUCAGUGGUAUCACCUCGCCGCAGCUCACAUCUCUUCCGACCUCAUCUACAUGUCAGCUACCCGGUCAUUCAGUGACAUGCACCCAGUCUGGGGUCUGGUCCGUCGCUUGGGCGUCAACUCUUUCGCAUACCGGGUGGGAGCUAGCACAUCCCUCGUCAACCCCGGCGGCGACAUCGAAAAGAACUUUGCUUGGAAUGGCGACCAAGCAAUCAAGUACAGUAAACAGGUUUGGCAUUCCGAAUGCGCCCCCUGGCAGGCGAAUUAUCUCGAAACAAAGCUCAAGCGACGGGGUUUGAUAAACUGCGAUUACGGUCCUGAGCUGGAGUCAUUCCCAUAUUACGAGGAUGCAUCGGUCAUUUUAGAUGCUCUGCAAACGUUUAUCACCGCGUAUAUUGACGCAUAUUACCCUUCGGACGAUGCCAUCGCCGCGGAUAAUGAGCUCCUCGCUUGGUUCAACGAAGCAGCCAACGUCGCCUCCAUCGUUGACUUUCCGGACUCCAUCACUACCAAAUCGGAAUUGGUCGCUGUUCUCUCUCAUCACGCGUAUCUCAUCUCAAUCCUUCAUGGAUCGCUAAAUAGCAAUAGUCUUGUGCAUUACAGUGCCGUUUUGCCGAUGCACCCGCUGUCACUAUAUCAACCGCUGCCAAAGGACAAGGGCAUCUCUAGCCUCGUGUCAUUUCUUCCAAACCUAGAAGCCUCGAUACAGCAGAUCGCGCUCGUCACGGCGUUCAACCAAGCACAGAUGGCUGGAACCACCGAUUCGUUACUUUUUCUUUUCGACGAACCUGAGUUCCAUUCCCGCAUCAACAAGGAGGCACGCGCAGCUUCCAAAGUGUAUUCAGCCACUUUAUCGAAGUUCAGUGAGGACGUCAAAGCGAGGAAACUUGAUGGUAAUAGUUAUAGUCAAGGAAUGCCGUUUGUGUGGAAUGUCUUUGAUCCGAAUACGGGACCCGGAAUCCUUGCCGCAUAG